CCAAAACAAAGCAAGAUGAGCCCAUCCUGGGGAGCAGGGAGGUAUCAACGUCAGGCGCCACCCCAGGUGAAGGAUGCCGCUCUGGGUGUUCCUCUUCUUUGUGAUCCUCAGCCUCAGCAGCGGCUCCCACUGCUCCCCACCCCUCUCUCUGCCCCUCAGGAUGCAGCGGUACGCAGAUGCCAUCUUCACCAACAGCUACCGGACAGUGCUGAGCCAGCUGUCUGCCCGCAAGCUACUCCAGGACAUCAUGAGCCGGCAGCAGGGAGAUAGGAACCAGGAGCAAGGAGCAAGGAUACGGCUUGGCCGCCAGGUGGACAGUGUGUGGACAGACCAAAAGCAGGUGGCACUGGACAGCAUGCUGGUGGCCCUGCUGCAGAAGCACAGGCGCAAUUCCCAAGGAUGACGAUUCCAGUCUAAGGUUGGGCCCCUGGUAC